UCAGUUAAAAUCUCGACAACGUGUUCCGAUGACCAUGUUAGAUCGUGGGAGAGCCAGCCAACGGCAAAGAAAACAUCAGUUGGAAACCUGAUGGUGGCUGGAGGGAUACUGUUCUCUGGCCUGAGCCCAAGCAAGACAUUGAGGUUUCUGACCUCCAUCGGAGUGGCAACAUACUGCACGAGAACAUUCUUCAGAUAUCAGACGGAUCUUCUGUUGCCUGCUGUGCAACAAGUUUGGAAUGAAGCACAAAAAGACCUUCUGGAGAAGAUUGAGCUUCCGGUUGCACUUGCCGGUGAUGGGCGCGCCGAUUCACCAGGAUUUUCGGCAAAAUAUGGAACCUACACGUUGUUGGACAUGAGAACAAACAAAAUAUUACACGUGGAGUUGGUCCAAUCAAACGAAGUUGGGGGCAGUGCCCGCAUGGAGCUCGAAGGCCUUGUACGGUCCAUACGGCACCUUGAAGGAUGGGGAGUAUCCAUCUCCACGUUGGUCACUGACAGGCAUUCGCAGAUAAGGAAGUACCUGAGGGAACAACAUCCGGAUAUUAAGCAUCUAUUUGACUGCUGGCACGUUGCAAAAGGUUAA